GUAAUUUUGACCGAAACCCUUUUCUACAAGGCGCAAACGAAUACCAGGUUUUAUGAGUUUGUCAGCACGAAAGAGAAGACCCCAAAAACCAGCCGCCUCACUAAUCAAAAUUCUGCACCUCUGAUUCUGUCGAUGGCUGGAGGUGCUUCUGCUCUCAAUUCCAACUCCACCACCACCAUUCGAAUCGUUGUUGCCGGUGACCGCGGCACCGGUAAGUCAAGCCUGAUUGUCACUGCUGCUGCUGAAGCUUUCCCCGCCAAUGUCCCUCCCGUUUUGCCUCCUACUCGGUUGCCGGAGGAUAUGUUUCCCGACCGUGUCCCCGUCAACGUCAUUGAUACGUCUGCUAGUAUGGAGAAUAGAGGCAGACUUGCUGAGGAACUGAAGAGUGCAGAUGCGGUUGUUCUUACUUAUGCCUGUGAUAAGCCCUCUACUCUUGAUCGAUUGAGUACAUUUUGGCUUCCUGAACUUCGAAGAUUAGAGGUAAAGGUACCUGUUAUAGUGGUAGGGUGUAAGCUGGAUUUAAGGGAUGAACAAGCUGUUAGUUUAGAGCAAGUGAUGUCACCAAUAAUGCAACAAUUUCGGGAGAUUGAAACUUGUAUUGAAUGCUCAGCUUUCAAACAUAUUCAGCUUCCAGAGGUAUUUUACUAUGCACAGAAAGCUGUGCUUCAUCCAACAGCUCCUCUAUUUGAUCAAGAAGCACAAACCCUAAAACCACGUUGUGUCAGGGCUUUAAAGCGAAUCUUUAUACUCUGUGAUAAUGAUAGAGAUGGUGCUCUAAGUGAUGCAGAGUUGAAUGAUUUCCAGGUGAAAUGUUUUAAUGCUCCCUUACAACCUUCGGAAAUAGUAGGUGUAAAGAGAGUUGUACAAGAUAAGCUGUCUGAAGGAGUCAAUGAAAAUGGUCUCACUUUGACAGGCUUCCUUUUUCUUCAUGCUUUAUUUAUUGAAAAAGGCAGAUUGGAAACAACAUGGACUGUUUUAAGGAAAUUUGGAUACAAUAAUGAUAUAAGGCUUUCUGAUGAUCAACUUCUUCCUCCUAUUACAAGAUCCCCUGAUCAGAGCAUUGAGCUGACAAGUGAAGCUGUUGAGUUUCUCAGAGGAGUUUUUUCCUUGUUUGAUAUUGAUGGUGAUGGGGCUCUUAACGAACUUGAGCUGGAAGAUCUUUUUUCUACAGCACCCGAAAAUCCAUGGAGUGAAGCACCAUAUGCAAAUGCAGCUGAGAAGAAUGCAUUGGAAAGACUCUCACUUGAUGGCUUCUUGUCACAGUGGGCUCUUAUGACACUUCUAGAUCCAAUCCGUAGUGUGGAGAAUCUCAUAUACAUCGGGUAUGCAGAUGACCCUUCAUCUGCAAUCCGUGUUACAAGGAAAAGACGUGUAGAUCGCAAUAAGAAACACUCAGACAGAAAUGUUUUCCAGUGCUUUGUUUUUGGACCAAAAGAGUCUGGAAAGUCUUCAUUGUUGAAUUCUUUUGUUGGAAGGCCAUUUGUUGAAGGUUAUACACCAACCAUUGAGGAAAGAUAUGCAGUUAAUGUUGUUGAUCAGCCUGAUGGAACAAAGAAAACCUUGAUAUUGCGAGAGAUACCUGAAGAUGCAAUUGAGAAGUUGCUAUUGAAUAAGGAUGCUUUGGCAGCAUGUGACAUAGCUGUUUUUGUUCAUGACAGUUCUAAGGAGUCUUCAUGGAUAAGAGCAACUGAAUUGCUUGUGGAAAUUGCCAGCCAUGGGGAAUCUACUGGCUAUGAGGUUCCUUGUCUGAUUGUUGCAGCAAAAGACGAUUUUGACCCUUACCCAACAGCAAUACAAGACUCAACAAGGGUUAGUCAGGAUAUGGGAAUAGAGGCUCCUAUACCUAUAAGCACAAAAUUGGGAGAUUUCAAUAAUAUAUUUGGAAGAAUUAUGAGAGCUGCAGAGCAUCCACAUUUGAGCAUCCCUGAAACUGAAGCUGGGAAAACUCGAAAACAUUAUCACAGGCUUCUUAACCGCUCUCUAAUGGUUGUUUCAGUGGGGGCCGCAGUUGCUGUUGUGGGGCUUGCUGCAUACCGAGUUAACAGUAAAGAUCUUUUAGACACUCCUGAACUUCAAAAGACAAGGCGUUGCAAACUUUCAAAACCGGAUCCAAUUGAUCUCUUUCACAAUCUUAUAAUAAGCAUCUGGAUUCACAUCUAA